AUGAAGCGUACUGAAAAUACCUGGCUAUUUAGACAACCAAGACUGCGUCGGCCUAAUGAUUCCGGACCUCAGAAUACAGAAAACUGGCUUAAUUUAUACCAUUGUUACACGUUCCUUUACAGAGACGAUGCAGAGUAUCUUGGAGGUGUUCAGGCUGAUCACGAAGCCAGUGAUCCAGGAGGUCUAUGUGAUGGAGAACGGGACCAAGGUGACGAUGUGAUAUUAUGGCCAUAA